AUGGGCAGGACAGAAACCUCCAAAGGCCUUGCGCCACCUGCCAUUCGCAAGGAUAUUCGAGCCAAGCAAGCCCGCCACAUUAUCAACAAAGUUAUACCGGCACUGUUAGCCUCUAGUGCCCGGGCACGGAAAGGUGUCGGGAGUAGCGAGUUGAUUGUGAAUCCCAAGUCUAUGGCUCGCGACUGUGAAGGCCAGAGUAGGGAUGAGGCUAGAGAAUCUGGAGAUUCCAUGUAUGUCAAGCGGAAAGGCCGGGGCCGGCGGAAGGUGGAGAAGGGGGAUGUGGAAGAGCAGGGAGACGAGGGAAGGACAGGGAGAAGGAGGAGUCGGAUGGAGGGUCUUGGAGAAGAGAGCAAAGAACCUCAUGCAGAGCCUUUGGCAAAAAUGACCUCCCGACGUACCAUUCGUGUUCUCGCAACCGACUCCCUGACGGCCGCACACAUGCUCACCUUUCCUCCCCAUCAACCCAAGCCCCGCAAAAAUCAACCAAACACAUGUAUCCUAAACAUGGCCUCGCCCCUCCGUCCCGGCGGCGGCGUCCUCACUGGCGCAACCUCGCAGGAAGAGUUUCUCUGCGCCCGAACCACCCUUCUCCCCUCCCUGCUCGACUCCUACUACCGACUGCCAGAGUACGGCGGCGUCUACACGCCCGACGUACUUGUCUUCCGCAACCAUUUGCCGCUUGGGGACAGCAAGGGCGAGUUGCCGGCGGCGGAGCGGUGGUGGGUCGAUGUGGUGAGUGCGGGCAUGUUGCGCUUUCCUGAACUGGAAGGGGGCGAGGAGGAUGAGGCGAGGUGGUUGAGUCGGGCGGACAGGGAGAGUGCGGAAGGGAGGAUGAGGGCGGUGUUGAGGAUUUGUGCGAGAAACGGGGUCAAGAAGGUGGUUUUGGGGGCGUGGGGGUGUGGUGCGUUUGGGUGUCCAGUCGGGGAUAUUGCAGAGGGGUGGAGGAAGGUGCUGGAGGGGUGCGCGGUGAGCCAUGGUGGAAAGGGCAGGGGGAAAUCCGGGGGAGAGAUGGAGACUUUUUUGGAAAUCGAAGAAGUGGUGUUUGCGAUUGGGAAUCGUCCCAUGGCGCAGGCGUUUGCCCAGGCAUAUGGUGGGGUCGAGGUGGAAGAGGUUGGUGGUGUGCAAGGGGAAGACGAGGAAGAGGUUGAUGAAGUUGCGGAGGAGUUGAGGACGAAGAUUCGGGAGAUGGAGGAGCAUUUGGGCAAGGUUUGCAAUCCGGAUCUGAAGAAGAGAAUGGGGUUUAUUCUGGACGGGCUGAAGGGCCAGUUGAGACAGCGAGAGGGGAGUCAGAAGACGGAAAGCGAGAGUGCUAAUGACGAUGACGAUUAUGAUGAUAGUAGUAGCGAGGCAUGA